AUGUCAGGAAAGGAAAAAACCACCGGAAAAUUGAAAUUGCGUGGGUUCGGAGGAGAAAAUAAUGUGAAGGGCAGCUGCACUGCAUUCUGGUCAGCUGUAGCUUUUGCAUUCGGUUGUUUGUUGAUUUUUAUUUUCCCUACCUCUUUCCUUCAUCGUCUCCUUCUGUUUCUCUGCACUCCUCGCUCUUUCUUUCCCAGGGGGGCUGACCCGGUGCUUCGUCUUCUUCUGUUAUCUCUGUUGGUCGCCGGCGAAAAUGUAGGCGUUUCGAUGGCCUCUCUGUUCUUCCGGAGUAUGUUGACUCUGGCGACUCUACCUGGGUUUAAAGUCUCGGAUUAUUCAAAGCUGUCUGCAGAGGGAACUAUCACUUAA